UGCGCUUGCGUCGAUUUACCUCAUUCCAUUCCGUUCUAUGCGAUCCGUUCAGUUCAUUCGUGUUCAAGUGUCUGUGUUUCGUUCAGUUGUUCACUCGCUUUCGUCGCGUUAACAUACUCCACGCGUUUUCUCGCAAAACUAUGGACCAGCAAACCAACACAUAAAUCUUUCAAAAUGAAGCCCAAUCGGUUAUAACGUUUACUUUUAAAAAUCCAUUAAAUUUUAGAUCGAAUAUAAUAUAUUGUUGUGAUAUUUAGUUAGUAUAUCCUGUUAUAAUUUAUAUUUAACCAUGAGUUCGAAUUAUAUUAUAUAGAAAUUUUAUUAUAAAAAAUCAGUGCUCAAGAUAAUCUCAUUCCAAACCCAGUUAAUUUUUUAGUAUUUUAUUUUAAAUUUCAAUAUUAUAAUGACCGCAAAAACUCGCUCACAUUGGAAGGAAUAUGGAACAGCGCUGUGUGCGACGCUGAUCACCGCAACAGCAGGUACUUGCUACGGUUGGCCUUCCCCCAUUCUUCAGUAUCUGCAGUCGCCGCAGAGUUACAUACCGACGACAGCAGAUGAAGGAUCAUGGAUCGUUUCCAUCAUGAUCCUGUGUUCGGCACUCACGCCGAUACCAUCAGCAUACUUCGCAGACCGCUUCGGCAGAAAAACCACAUUACUCCUUGGAGCAGUCCCCUUCAUAAUCGGCUGGUUAUUAGUCAUCGUAGCCAAGUCUGUUGCCGUGCUAUAUGUGGCUAGAAUGUUCUCCGGGCUUGGUUAUGGAAUAGUGUACACAGUUGCACCAAUGUACACGGGAGAAAUAGCUACGAAUGAAGUCCGUGGCGCCCUCUCUACACUUAUCACAUUGAUGAAUAAGGUUGGAAUUCUUGCCCAAUACUGCAUCGGACCAUUCGUAACCAUAAAAACCUUAGCCGCCAUCAACAUGAUCCUGCCCAUUACUUUCGUAUUGACUUUCAUCUUUCUGCCCGAAUCGCCCUACUAUUACCUGAAAUUUGAGCGCACAGAGAGAGCAGAACGUGCUCUUAGACAUUUACGCAGUGGUGAUAUAAGAUUAGAACUUAAAAACAUAGAGAUAAACGUUCAGGAGGACAUGAAGAACCGAGGCACAUGGGGCGAUCUGGUAACCGAAGCGACGAACAGAAAAGCCCUCUGGAUAAGUUUAGGGAUCUUCACAAUCCAACAGUUUUGUGGUAGCGCUGCUCUUGUUGCGUAUGCCCAAACAAUAUUCGAUAUCACUGAUAGCCAUAUAGAGCCGUAUAAGGCAACAAUAUAUGUGGGAUGUGUCCAAGUUGCAACUUGCUGCCUGUCGGUUCUAUUGGUCGAUCGUGUUGGACGGAAACCACUGCUUCUAUUGUCUGCGUUGGGGGUGGGACUAAUGAAUGGCGUUCUUGGAACAUAUUUCUACUUCUACCUGUCGAAUAAGGAGUCAGUCGCAAUCCUUCAUUGGCUACCGAUAGCGGCUAUGAUGAUUUACAUUAUUUGCUACGCUGUUGGUCUGUCCACGGUGCCCUACGUGAUUAUUGGAGAAAUGUUCCCGACCAACGUCAAGUUGUACGCCUCUUGUGUCGCUCAUAUUUAUACUGGAAUUUCGAUGUUUGCUGUUCAGAAACUGUUCCAGGUAAUAAGAGAUUCAUAUGGAAUCUAUACAGUUUUCUGGGGCUUCUCUGCGUGCUCAAUCCUCGGGCUGGUGUUCAUCCUAGCCGUACUACCCGAGACCAAGGGGAAAUCAUUUGCUUGCAUACAGGCUCAGCUGAAAAGAGAAGUCGCCCGCGACAACGCAAGCAAACUAAUGACUGUCGAGUAUUAAUACUAUAGGAAUGAAUACAUUAUGAUAUUAAAUA